AGCAGCUGAUGUUAUUACUCCAACCUCAUGAAAGUGAUAAACUGACACGUUUUCAUUUUCGCCAAAAACAAAUGUAUAUCGAAGACGCCUUUGAGUUGAUGGAUUGCACAUGCGCAGUUCGGUGCGAGACAACCGUUAGACCGGAACUCGUUUCUAAGCAUGAGUUUAGCUAGCCAAGGUCGCCAUGAAAUCGUCGUCAAAUGUGAUCAGGAAUUUUUAUUUGAGAAUCCGUUUUUGCCCACUUUACUAGCUGCCUAUCUUGGUACUGCUCUUAAAGCGGGCAUGUGCAUUUAUUCUUCCAGCCCUACAGGUGGCAAUGUGCGAUGGAGGUCUACAAUCUCAGCUAUGUAAUGAAAUCCGGCUUCGCAUUUUCCAGGUUUCCACUGAAGGGAAUUCUUUAUUGAAGUGAACACAUAGGCAAUUGAUAAGUUGUGAAGGCACCGGGAAAGGAAACAGCCAGCCCGAAAGAAAUGAGCUUUUACAUUAAGGAUUUACUCAGUUAAUUUGCGUUAACGCUUCAUUGUAGCUAAAGUGUUUGAGUUGUUCGGCGUGUUCGCAACGCCAGGUGUUAGACCAGAAUAAGUGUUGGUGGUUGGAAAAUGCCAUCUUUUUUAUGGAGGCUUUGGCCUGGCCUGGUGCUGAUCCUCCUCCCGUCUACGCUGGCGGCUGACAAAGAGUCUUCGUUACUACAGGACUGGCACGACGUGUGGUUGUUCCGCUUCUUCCUCAAUGUGCUGGGCUACGCCACCAUCAUCAUACCUGGCUACUUUCUCAUCGGCUACUUCAAGAAGAUCAACUACCUCGAAACAGGUCGUGGCAUUUGCUAUCCUGUCAUAAAGGCCUGUGUGUUUGGUAGUGAAUCGAAGACUGGUCUCCUGGACGACGUGUCCAUAGCUCCGAGAAAUGACGCUGACUCGGGCUCGUCGGCCAGACAAGCCUUCAAGUUAGUCUUCUGCGCUGCGGGACUUCAGACAUCCUACCUGACAUGGGGUGUCCUACAGGAGAGGGUGAUGACACGCUCGUACGGGGCCUCCACCCCCGAGGAGGAGGGUGAGCGCUUCAAGGACUCCCAGUUCCUGGUGUUCAUGAACCGCAUCCUGGCGCUGACUGUGUCUGGCCUGUGGUGUCUCCUAUUCAAGCAGCCUCGCCACGGUGCGCCCAUGUAUAAAUACUCGUUCGCCUCGCUCUCCAACGUCCUCAGCAGCUGGUGCCAGUACGAGGCUCUCAAGUACAUCAGCUUCCCCACCCAGGUGCUGGCUAAGGCCUCUAAAGUGAUCCCCGUCAUGCUGAUGGGUAAGAUUGUGUCGCACAAGAGCUACGAGUACUGGGAGUACCUGACGGCGGCUCUGAUCUCUCUGGGCGUCAGCAUGUUCUUGUUGACAAGCACGACCAGUAAGCACCCGUCUACGGUAACUACGUUCAGCGGCGUGGUCAUCUUGGUCGGCUACAUCGUCUUCGACAGCUUCACAUCCAACUGGCAGGACAACCUGUUCAAGUGCAAGAUGUCGUCGGUACAGAUGAUGUUCGGCGUCAACCUCUUCUCCUGCCUCUUCACCGUGGGCUCUCUGCUGGAGCAGGGCGCCUUCUUCGACUCGCUGGCCUUCAUGACGCGACAUUCGGAGUUUGCAUUCCAUGCCGUGCUGUUGUCGGUGUGCUCAGCAUGCGGCCAGCUCUUCAUCUUCUACACCAUCGCACAGUUCGGCGCCGCCAUCUUCACCAUCAUCAUGACCCUUCGGCAGGCCAUCGCCAUCCUGCUCUCCUGUUUCCUGUAUGGCCACGCCGUCACAAUGGUGGGGGUCUUCGGCAUGGCCGUGGUCUUCCUCGCCCUCUUCCUGCGCGUCUACGCCCGCAUCCGCAUGAAGGCAGGACGCAGGGCGCCGCAGCCACAGGUGCAGAAGGUCUAGGAGGAGGAGUCUGAGGAGGGAAACUGGAAAAACAAAAACUAAAGCCACGUUUUUGUUGGGUUUGUUUUCUGUCUCUGUGUGUCCCUUUUGACUUUUUGUGUUCAUUUAAUGGGUUUCUACUUUGCAUAGGAAAGGUACAGAAAGGGAUUCUAAUGCCUUUUUAAAGGUGUUUGACUUGACACGCACCGAGCCGUCGUCACACAGGUCAAUUAGUCUCAAAAACCCAACCCUAGGCAACACAGUGACUAGGGUCUGAUUUCAAUGAUGGACUUGUCAUAGAGGAACUAUGUCACUGCCUAAGUCACUACUUUAUCUGCUUGAAUAAAAUGCAAAAUGAUCACAGAGGUUAUUUUUAAUGAGUGAAUUAUGCAAGUGGAUAGUUUGCAUCAACUACCUUAACUAAAACCACUGCAAAGUUAUUGCCUGCAAAAUCACAACGUUCUGUCAUAUCUGCCUCUUGAUUUGUUGGGAGAGUCCCCAGAAUGUAUAUUUUACCCUUAUCGACGUAGGCAGUGACGUAGUUUCUCUAUGCCAAAAGAGUCGGUCAUUAAAUUCAGACCUUAGUCACUGUGUUGCCUAGGGCCAGGUUUCAAGGGUACAGGUCAAUGGGAGUGAUUUGGCUGGACCAGUCAGCAGUCAUGCCCGUUUAAGUGUCUAUGACCCCAAAAUUACACAGCAAUCGUCGCUUGUACGUUUUGUCUGUCAAACCCAGUUCAAACGCAUGCAACAUUGGCAUGUCAAAUGUAAACAACUAAUAAAAUGGCUAUUGAUUUCAGCCUUUGCGAUAUGCUUCUGGAGCUGCAGUCAAAGAACAAAAGUCUGAUGUUUGUAGUUUUGGGGUAAUCACUAGUACAUGAGCUGUAUACUGCAAUAUUGUGAAUGGCACUAUAUUAAGCUUAUAAGGCCUCUGUGAAAAGAGGACAUGAGAUACUAUGGUGAGCAGGCCCCAAGUAAGGUCCCGUUUUGAAUCAUCUCUGUGUAGAUACUGCAUCAAUUUAGUUUAAAACUAAUAAUUGCAUUGUUGUACAUUUUGGACAUGGCAUGAGAUACAUUUUUGUAAUCAUUACCAGUUCAUGAUCAGGUAAUGCUGCUUGAGAAUAUUUUAUUUGUUUCAUAUAAAGAAGCAGGUAUGGUAGAGGUCUCACUUUUGGCAUUAUUCUGACUUGAGAUCUAUGUGCUUAACUAAAGAAGUCUACCAUUGAGAUCAAGGAAGGAUUUACACGAACGUCCAGGUUGUGUCAGACGGAUCUCAAGUCAAAUUACCGCCCUUUCAGAUCAUAAGAAUAGCGUAUUUCAUACAUCUUUAGUUGACUGAUGUGUUGUUCCUCAUGGCUUUACCAUAGUGUAUGAUGAGGAAAGUUACUGAGUGACCCCACAGAAAAUGUUUGACUAUUUUCCUAACAUCACAAGAAUAAAUGCACAGCUUACCAGCAGACCAUCAAAAAGAGCUUUGCAGAGUUACUAUGUUCUAUUUUAUAUGGAGUGAGAGGGGAAAGAGAGAUUUCAAGCAGCAUUCAAGAUGCCCAUCUUAUUUUUGAAUAGGUCAGGUACUUACGUUAGGUCAGGUAAAAGACAAUUAACUGUCAAAUGCCAGCAAGAGUUGCAACCAGGCGGAAUGACUCGAACUUCAGCUCUUGGAACAAACAGCCUGCACAAUUAUUUGUUCUCUUGUUUUGUUGGUGUAGGAUUCAACUAGGCAAACCAUAUUAUUGAAGUAUUUGAUUUGGAUAAAUGACAUACAUUUUCAUACCGAAUGUAAGUUUAAGUAUGAUAGCAUUCAUUUAGUGGCCUGGCUGACCCAGACAAAGUGGAGGAUUUCCAAUUGCCAGGCAAUUCAUUUAGCCCUACGUGUACAGCUUUUACAAUCAAACCAAAUACUUUAAUUAUUUGUUACACUAUCUUACACUAACAAUCAUUAAUGGGUAGACUACAAAUCAUUUGGAACAGGACAUACAGUACCAGUCAAAAGUUUGGACACACCUACUCAUUUCAGGGUUUUUCUACAUUGUAGAAUAAUAGUGAAGACAUCAAAACUAUGAAAUAACAUAUUGAAUCAUGUAGUAACCAAAAAAGUGUUAAAUCAAAAUAUAUUUCAUAUUUGAGAUUCUUCAAAGUAGUCACCCUUUGCCUUGAUGACAGCUUUGCACACUCUUGACAUUCUCUUUAGGUUUGAUGUCUUCGCUAUUAUUCUACAAUGUAGAAAAUAGUUUAAAAAAUAAAGAAACCCUUGAAUGAGUAGGUGUGUACAAACUUUUGACUGGUACUGUAGACCAGUUGUUCUGGUAUUAUUAAAUUGCAAAUGUGAAUUUGUAUUCAAACAAGCUAUAAAGUCAAUAAUCACCCAUAGAGACAACUAAAAGAUUUGACAAACUGCAUUCACAUUUUAUAAAGUUGUACAUUCAAAUUUACAGCUCUCUUUGUCAGUAACUUUGGUUCAGCCCAUCUACUUUUGCUUCAACACUUGAGAUAAGUGAAUGACUCACAACAAUAUAAAUGUCCUAUGUAUAGGCUGUACACAUGUCUUAUUGGCUAUACAGUGCCUUGUAAAAGUAUCCAGACCCCCUUGAUUAUAUCACAUUUUGUUACAAAGUGGGAUGAAAAUGGAUUUAAUUGUAAUUUUGUCAACAAUACUCUGUCAAAGUGGAUUUCUUUUCAUUAAUAAAAAAUAUGCGAAAUAAAGUCUUUGCAUAUGUAUUCAGCCCUUAAAUUAGUUAAGGAGUCAAAUUUAGCUUAUCAAAUCACAUAAGUUACAUGGACUUACUGUGUGAAAUAAUAUGGGUUGACAUUAUUUUAAAUUACUAACCCUUCCUUUGUCCCCCUUACAUAAAGUGUUUUCGGAAAGUAUUCAGACCCCUUGACUCCAGAUUUUGCUACGUUACAGCCUCAAUCUAAAAUUGAUUAAAUAGAUUUUUGUUCAUCAAUCUACACACAAUACCACAUAAUGACAAAGCAAAAACAGGUUUUGAAUUUUUGGGAAAUUUAUUACAAAAAAAACAAAACAUUUUACAUAAGUAUUUAGACCCUUUUUACUCCGUACUUUGUUGAAGCACCUUUGGCAGCGAUAACAGCCUGGAGUCUUCUUGCAUAUGACCCUACACGCUUGGCACACCUGCAUUUGUGGAUUUUCUCACAUUCUUCUCUGCAGAUCCUCUUAAGCUCUGUAAGGUUGGAUGCACAUCUAUUUCCAGGUCUCCAGAGAUGUUCAAUCGGAUUCAAGUCCGGGCUCUGGCUGGGCCACUCAGAGGCUUGUCACAAAACCACUCCCGGUUGUCUUAUCUGUGUGCUUAGGGUUGUUGUUCUGUUGGAAGGUGAACCUGUGCCCCAGUCUGAGGUCCUGAGUGUUCUAGAGCAGGUUUUCAUCAAGGAGCUCUCUGUACAUUACUCUGUUCCUUUCCCUCGAUCCUGACUAGUCUACCAGUCCCUGCCGCUGAAAAACAUCCCCACAGCAUAAUGCUGCCACCACCAUGCUUCACCGUAGGGAUGGUGCCAGGUUUCCUCCAGACAUGACGAUUGGCAUUCAGGCCAAAGAGUUAAUUCUUACUUUCAUCAGACAAGAGAAUCUGGUUUCCAAACUUCUUCCAUUUAAGAAUAAUGGAGGCCAAUGUGUUCUUGGGGACCUUCAAUGCUGCAGAAAUGUUUUGGGAGCCUUCCCCAGAUCUGUGCCUCGCCACAAUCUUGUCUCUGUGCUCUACGGACAAUUCCUUCGACCUCAUGGCUUGGUUUUUGCUCUGACAUGCACUGUCAACUGUGUGACCUUAUAUAGACAGGUGUGUGGCCUUUCCAAACCAUGUCCAAUCAAUUGAAUUUACCACAGGUGGACUCCAAUGAAGUUGAAGAAACAUCUCAAGGAUGAUUAAUGGAAACCGGACGCACCUGAGCUCCAUUUUGAGUCUCAUAGCAAAGGGUCUGAAUACUUAUGUAAAUUAGGUUAAAAAAAAAUUAUACAGUGCCUUGCGAAAGUAUUCGGCCCCCUUGAACUUUGCGACCUUUUGCCACAUUUCCGGCUUCAAACAUAAAUAUAUAAAACUGUAUUUUUGUGAAGAAUCAACAACAAGUGGGACACAAUCAUGAAGUGGGACGACAUUUAUUGGAUAUUUCAAACUUUUUUAACAAAUCAAAAACUGAAAAAUUGGGCGUGCAAAAUUAUUCAGCCCCUUUACUUUCAGUGCAGCAAACUCUCUCCAGAAGUUCAGUGAGGAUCUCUGAAUGAUCCAAUGUUGACCUAAAAGACUAAUGAUGAUAAAUACAAUCCACCUGUGUGUAAUCAAGUCUCCGUAUAAAUGCACCUGCACUGUGAUAGUCUCAGAGGUCCGUUAAAAGCGCAGAGAGCAUCAUGACGAACAAGGAACACACCAGGCAGGUCCGAGAUACUGUUGUGAAGAAGAUUAAAGCCGGAUUUGGAUACAAAAAGAUUUCCCAAGCUUUAAACAUCCCAAGGAGCACUGUGCAAGCGAUAAUAUUGAAAUGGAAGGAGUGUCAGACCACUGCAAAUCUACCAAGACCUGGCCGUCCCUCUAAACUUUCAGCUCAUACAAGGAGAAGACUGAUCAGAGAUGCAGCCAAGAGGCCCAUGAUCACUGGAUGAACUGCAGAGAUCUACAGCUGAGGUGGGAGAAUCUGUCCAUAGGACAACAAUCAGUCGUAUAUUGCACAAAUCUGUCCUUUAUGGAAGAGUGGCAAGAAGAAAGCCAUUUCUUAAAGAUAUCCAUCAAAAGUGUCAUUUUAAAGUUUGCCACGAGCCACCUGGGAGACACACCAAACAUGUGGAAGAAGGUGCUCUGGUCAGAUGAAACCAAAAUUGAACUUUUUGGCAACAAUGCAAAACGUUAUGUUUGGCGUAAAAGCAACACAGCUCAUCACCCUGAACACACCAUCCCCACUGUCAAACAUGGUGGUGGCAGCAUCAUGGUUUGGGCCUGCUUUUCUUCAGCAGGGACAGGGAAGAUGGUUAAAAUUGAUGGGAAGAUGGAUGGAGCCAAAUACAGGACCAUUCUGGAAGAAAACCUGAUGGAGUCUGCAAAAGACCUGAGACUGGGACGGAGAUUUGUCUUCCAACAAGACAAUGAUCCAAAACAUAAAGCAAAAUCUACAAUGGAAUGGUUCAAAAAUAAACAUAUCCAGGUGUUAGAAUGGCCAAGUCAAAGUCCAGACCUGAAUCCAAUCGAGAAUCUGUGGAAAGAACUGAAAACUGCUGUUCACAAAUGCUCUCCAUCCAACCUCACUGAGCUCGAGCUGUUUUGCAAGGAUGAAUGGGAAAAAAAUUCAGUCUCUCGAUGUGCAAAACUGAUAGAGACAUACCCCAAGCGACUUACAGCUGUAAUCGCAGCUAAAGGUGGCGCUACAAAGUAUUAACUUAAGGGGGCUGAAUAAUUUUGCACGACCAAUUUUUCAGUUUUUGAUUUGUUAAAAAAGUUUGAAAUAUCCAAUAAAUGUCAAUCCACUUCAUGAUUGUGUCCCACUUGUUGUUGAUUCUUCACAAAAAAAUACAGUUUUAUAUCUUUAUGUUUGAAGCCUGAAAUGUGGCAAAAGGUCGCAAAGUUCAAGGGGGCCGAAUACUUUCGCAAGGCACUGUAUAUAUACAUUUGCUAAAAUAAAAUAAAAUAAAAACCUGUUGUAUUGUGUGUAGAUUGAUGAGGAGAAAUAUAAAUGUAAUACAUUUAACAAUAAGGCUGUAAGGUAACAAAAUGUGGAAAUGGUUAAGGGGUCUGAAUACUUUCCGAAUGCACUGUACAUCUGUGAGGUCCCUCAGUCAAGUAUUGAAUUUCAAUCACAGAUUCAACUACAAAGACUAGGGAGCUUUACGAAGGCCUCUUAAAAAUGGCAGUGGUUGGUAAAUGGGUAACAAUAACAAGUCAGACAUUGAAUAUAUUUUAGCAUGGUCUAGUUAAUAAUGAUGCAGUGCAUUGUGUAUUAAACCACCCAGACACUUCAAAGAUAGUCCGGAAUUAAACUGCUCAGGGAUGUCACCAUGAGGCCAUUGGUUAUUUUAAAACGGUUACAGAGUACAAUGGCUGUGAUGGAACAGAACUGAGGACGGAUGAACAACAUUGUAGUGACUCUAGAAUAAUGACCUAAAUGACAGUGAGAGGAACACAAAUAUACUAAAUAAAACUAUUCCAAAACAUGCAUCUUGUAUGCAACAAGGUGCUAAAGUAAUACGGCAAAAAAACAUGGCAAAGGCAUACACUUUUUGGGCCUAAAUUCUAAUCCCUAUGUUUGGGGCAAAUCCAACACCACACACAUCACUGAAUAACUGCCUCCUUAUUUUCAAGCAUGGUGGAAAUACUAUGGUAAGACUUGAAAAUUGCUGUCCAGCUUUGAUCCCCAACAUCUUGACAGAGCUUGAAGAAUUUUGAAAAGAUUAAUAGGCAAAUAUUGCACAAUUCAGGUGUGCAAAGCCCAAGCCAUGUUCACAUUGGCAGUUUGAAGUGACUCAAUCAUAUUUAUUUGCAUAUCUGAUUUUAAUCUUUUUCCUGCAGUCUGAACAGCCAAAAAGCACAAUUUCAAGUCACAUUUCAAACCACCUUCAUAGGUACUUUGAAGUCAGAUACAAAUCUGAUUCCUGGCCAUGUCUGUACAGUCCAGUGUGAUUUAUUUACCCUCAAGUGGUUUUUAGAUUGUUAUUCGGCUUAUCUUGUUGCUUGCUAGCUACUCUGUUGACAGUUUGACAAGCACAUGUGGUAGCUAACUAGCUUGGUAAUUGUUUACAAACAAAUGAGUGAAUGUGCUAGAAAGCUAAACAACUACUUUGCUAGCUAGUUGACUGCUGUGGUUAGCUCAAAAAGUGUAGCCUUGUCAGCAAAUGUCUGCUGUCUGAACCUACACAUCUGAUUUGGCCACUUGUAACUUGCUGUUUGGACAGUCAGUACAGUAGUCCAAAACUGAUUUGAGCAUUAAGGCCUACAGUGUGAACAAGGCUUUCGACUUACACAAGCAGACUCACAGCUGUAAUUGCUGCCAAAGGUGUUUCUAACAUGUAUGGACUCAGGGAACUGAAUACUUAUGCAACAUCUAUAUGUUUUAAAAUGUUUAUUAAUAAAAAAAAUACGAUUUCUUUCUUCCGCUUUGACAGAGUAUUUUGUGUAGAUUGUUGACAAAAAAUGACAAUUCAAUCAAUUGUAAUACUUUGUAAAACAAUAAAAUGUGAAGAAAUCCAAGAGGUCUGAAUACUUUUGCAAGGCACUGCACAUUCUUUUGAUGUUCUGUUUGCAUUAAUUAGCUUGACACUUUUGUUUCAAUGUCAGUUGGUGUUUUAACCUAACGUAGCACCCGUAAAAUAAAUGUGUGAGUGGGGUCGGAAGAAACCGGAAGUAUUUGGUUUUCAGGCUUUUUGCUCUUUGCUUUCCCCUGAAAACAGGAUGCUUCUGGUUUCUGACGACAAAGCUGAGGGUGGUGAUGUAUGAAUGGACGGUUAGCUCCAUCUUUAUCAGCCUUAGAUAAGGACUACAGUUAAACUACUGUACUGUACUACUGGCAAAGCAAAUGUCAUAGCAUGGGUCGUGGGACGUGGCAUAUUCAUGAUAGGUCAAUGGUUUUCACAGUCUUCAACAUUGCCUGGGGGAAUAACCUGGGGAAGAAAGCAAUGCAAACCUUUGUAAACAUUGUCUUGGGAUCUUUUGCUUCAAUUGAAACUGUAACCUUUUUGGACACAUGGUGUGUAGUUGCAUACAGUACAUGUUCCUUAUGAUGGAUUACUAGCAUUUUUUAUCUGUCCAUAAUGACAUGCUUUAUUUUGAGGAGAGCUGCACUGUUGUCUGUUCUUUCAUGUGUGAAUGUUUUAAUGUGGCCUGAAUGGAUAGCGAUGGUUGACGCUCUCUCUAGUAUGUGAAGGAUCGAUUGGACAGGCUUAGGGUUUGGUGUGGAUGAGGACCUCUGCAUACAAGGGUAAUGCAAUGUAACCGGUACUUUAUUAUUUUUUAUCGUUGUAGUAUUUCAACUAGUAGGCUAGAUUGAUUGAUUUUUAUUUUAAAUAAUUAAAUUCAUUUAAAUACA